ACUCACACUCACCAACUUAUAAGUGUCUUUUUUCUUAUAGGUAAUGCAGUUUUUCCACAAAAGAAGGAAGUGAAAACGUGAAAAGAUAAGUUAAGAACAUAUAUAUACCAAAGUGAGUGAGAAAGAGAAGAAGCGUAUCAAAAUGGCUGUAGAUCAGAUAGAGAGGGAGUCAUUGAUAACUGAAGCUCGUAAUGCACCUGUGACUGCACAGAGAAGGGUCAGAAAUGACUUGGAAAAUUCUCUGCCGAAGCCAUACAUGCCUAGAGCAUUGAGAGCUCCUGAUACAAGCCACCCACAUGGAACACCAGGCCACAAGCACCACAACAUGACCAUUCUUCAGCAGCAUUGUGCUUUUUUUGAUCAAGAUGACAAUGGAAUCGUUUACCCUUGGGAAACUUACACGGGGAUGCGCGCCAUUGGAUUUAAUGUUGUUGCAUCUUUUAUUAUGGCUAUUGUCAUCAAUGUUGCACUGAGCUAUCCCACUCAGCCUAGUUGGUUCCCUUCUCUCCUUUUUCCUAUCUACAUACACAACAUACACAGAUCAAAGCAUGGGAGUGACUCAGGAGUUUAUGACACAGAAGGACGUUAUGUGCCAGCAAAUAUUGAGAACAUGUUUAGCAAGUAUGCUCAAACAGUUCCUGACAAGUUCACACUUGGGGAGAUCUGGGACAUGACAGAGGGAAACCGAAAUGCGUUUGACCCAUUUGGCUGGGUUGCAGCUAAACUGGAAUGGGGGGUCCUGUACAUUCUGGCUAGGGAUGAGGAAGGUUUCCUGUCUAAAGAAGCUGUUAGAAGAUGCUUUGAUGGGAGCUUAUUUGAAUACUGUGCUAAAAUGCAUGCUAGUAGCUAUGACAAGAUGGGUUGAAUUGUCCUAAUGUGUGUGUGUAUAGUUUCCGUGAGGUGUUUAUGUGAGACACUUUAGUGAUGUGCAAUGUAACAAAAUAAAAAUAAAACUUAUUAGGACCCUGUCUUCUUUUGAUCAGUAUAAAUAAAGAGUUUACUGUCUGGCAUGCAUUUUGUAAUCUUAUCCUUUUCUCACGUGUCAUGUUUGUCAAAACAGUGGUUAGUUUCUACAGGGUUCAGAUAAUUAUUGUGAUCGAGAUGUGAGAGGCAUAUACAAAUGAAAAUGAGCUCCUUAUAGAAAUAUUUAAGGUGUUUGUUUUUAGAUGACUUA